AUGCGGCAUCAAAACCCGGUCUAUACGCCAUCCACGGUGUCCAGCGAUGCCGAGAAGCAUUGCGAUGGUCUCUACGAGCAAGCAACCCAGCGCUUUGGCUUGAACCGAGAUAACAUCGAGAAUAUCCUACCAUGUACUCCUUUUCAAUGCGACGUAAUAGAUUGCGCUGCCGAUGAUGGGCGACGUGCCGUCGGCCACGUCGUUUAUGAGAUCCCCAAAAACGCAGACCUCCAGCGCUUGACCGCAGCGUGGAGGGAGGUUGUGCGGCAGACCCCGGCUUUGAGGACCUGCACGUUUACAUCGGAAGCCGGGGAAUCUUUUCAGGUUGUUUUGAGAGAAAGCUCCUUUUCAUGGAUGCAUUCGGCAUCCCUCGACGUAAAGGAGGCGGUGGUGCAAGAUGAGGCAGCUGCCGCUAUGGCUGGGCCUCGUUGCAAUAGAUACGUCGUUCUCGAGGACCUAAGCACAAGGCGAAGACUGCUCAUCUGGACAUUCAACCACGCCUUGGUGGAUAACACCGUACAGAAACGUAUCCUUCGACGAGUUCUCACAGCUUACGAAGGAGGGGAGGUUCCAUGUCCUCAUGUUGAGGAUACUGAACGCACAGUUCGGUUUUGGCAACGACACUUUGACGGCCUGAAUGCUUCCGUAUUUCCCCCUCUGCCGUCCCACCUGGCUGUACCUCAUCCCAGAGAGCAGGCAGAGCACAAUAUAUCAUACUCAAACCCCGUCCAACAGAAGUGGUCGAAUACGACUAUUUGUCGAGCCGCGCUCGCAGUUCUUCUAUCUCGCUAUACGCACUCUCCAGAAGCACUUUUUGGUGUCGUGACGGAACAGCCUCAUAUGUUCGAAGAGCAGGGGCACCCGAUUGAUUACCCGACCCGGACGGUAGUGCCCAUCCGCGUGCUUUGCGCCCCUGAUCAAUCCAUGCCGGAUGUCAUAGGGGCGAUCACUGCAUACGACAAUGCCAUUCGUGAGUUUGGACAGGUUGGUCUCCGCAACAUCCGCCGCACUGGAGACGAUGGGUCUGCUGCUUGCGGAUUUCAAACUGUGCUACUAGUCACCGAUUGCGAUAUUCCGCAAGCGCCUAGUUGUGGGCUUCAUCGAAAUGUAGAAGAAUCGGACAAAUUUGUGCCUUGCACCAAUCGCGCUCUUCUACUCAACUGCCAGAUGGCCGAUGACUCGGCAUUACUGGUCGCGAGAUACGAUCAAAAUGUGAUUGACCCACGUCAGAUCAAUCGUUUCCUUAGACAACUGGGAUACUUGAUCCAGCAAUUCCAGAGCAAUGUUGAUCUGCCUUUGGUGGGACAAUUGGAUGUCGUGACUGCAGAAGAUUGUGCGGAGAUCGAGAGUUGGAAUUCAAACCCCUUGAAGACCCGCCAUGCCUUGAUCCAUGAUACAAUAUCUAAGUGGGCUACUAAUGCUCCCACGAAAACCGCAGUUUCUGCGUGGGAUGGAGAAUGGACAUAUACCGAGCUAGAUAAUGUAUCCUCGCGCCUCGCCGUACAUAUUCAAUCUCUUGAUUUGGGCCAAGGGCAGGCGGUAAUACCGCUUUGCUUCGAAAAGUCAAAAUGGGUUGUCGCCGCGAUGCUCGCCGUCCUCAAAGCCGGUCGGGCAUUUACACUCAUCGACCCAUGUGAUCCACCAGCCAGGAUGGCUCAGGUCUGUCGGCAAACUUCCGCCACAGUCACUCUCACCUCCAAACUUCACAGUAAUACCAUCCGCCCCGUCGUCAGCCGCUGUAUUGUAGUCGAUGAUGACUUUCUUCAGUCGCUGCCCUACACCCAAGAUCGGGUUAAGCUCACCGUGAGACCGCAAGACCUGGCCUACGUUAUUUUCACUUCUGGCAGCACAGGGGAGCCAAAAGGCAUUAUGAUCGAGCAUCGAGGCUUCGUGUCGUGCGCUAUCGAAUUCGGCCCCGCGUUAGGGAUCAAUCGCCACACGCGCGCUCUCCAAUUCGCGUCCUACGCGUUCGGUGCCUGUCUGGUAGAAAUCGUGACGACUCUGAUGCACGGCGGCUGUGUCUGUAUUCCUUCCGAUGACGAUCGCUUGAAUAAUGUUCCAGAUUUCAUCAAAAGGUCUGAGGUUAACUGGGUCAUACUGACUCCUUCAUAUAUCGGGACAUUUCAACCAGAGGACGUCCCCGGACUGCAAACAUUAGUCCUCGUCGGAGAACCAAUAUCAGCUUCAAUUAGAGAUACCUGGGCCUCCCAGGUGCGGCUCCUAAAUGCCUACGGCCAAAGUGAGAGCUCGACCAUGUGCAGCGUUAUAGAAGUCAGCCCAUCCUCUCUUGAACCGAACAAUAUCGGUCGAGCUGUAGGCUCUCGCUCCUGGAUUAUUGAUCCCAACGAUCCAAAUCGCCUUGCCCCGAUUGGCUGCAUUGGGGAGUUGGUGAUUGAAAGCCCGGGGAUUGCGCGCGAUUAUAUUAUUGCUCCGCCGGCGGACAAGUCCCCUUUUCUCCUAACACCCCUGUCUUGGUAUCCUACUAGGAAGCUUCCCAAUAGCUUCAAAUUCUAUAGAACUGGAGAUCUUGUCCGUUACGGGCCUGAUGGUACCGUGAUUUGCCUCGGACGCAGAGAUUCGCAAGUUAAGAUCCGAGGACAGCGCGUAGAGAUCAGCGCAGUGGAAGCUCAUCUACGGAAGCAAUUACCCAGUCACAUAAUGCCCGUGGCCGAAGCUGUCAAACGCUCGGGUUCGUCUAGUAGCACAAUAUUGAUUGCAUUCUUGAUAGGAUCGCCCGACGGUGGGGAGGAUAGUGUCUGCGCCUUAUCUGGGGUAGAUGCGCACAUCUUGGACCACGUUGGUACCAAAGAAAUGAAUGCGACGUUGCAGCAGGUUCUUCCACAGUAUUCGGUUCCAUCAUACUAUAUUCGCAUGAAGGAUCUUCCCAGAACUGCUACCGGGAAGGCAGACCGAAAAACGCUUCGAUCUAUCGCCCAGAAGCUACUGGGUGAACUGGCUCAGAACGGGACAUCUCAGCCAAGUGAGAAGCUCGAUUCAUUGGCAAACAGUACAGAAGUCAAAUUAAGGGAGCUUUGGUUUCAAAGCUUAAAUCUUGAUCCUGGCUCUCAAAAUAUCGGAGCUAGCUUCUUUGAUCUGGGUGGAAAUUCCGUCGUUGCGAUUAAGAUGGUGAAUAUGGCGAGGUCAGCGGGAAUAGCGCUAAAAGUAUCUGAUAUAUUCCAAAAUCCCACACUCGCUGGUCUUGUAGACGUGAUCGGGCGAGGGACGGCUCCAUAUAACCCCAUCCCAACGACAAAGUACAGCGGACCUGUUGAACAGUCAUAUGCUCAGGGCCGACUAUGGUUCCUGGACCAGUUGGAACUUGGCGCUUCGUGGUAUCUCUUACCAUAUGGCGUUCGCAUGCGUGGGACACUACACGUCGACGCGCUUACAAUCGCGCUCCUAGCUCUGGAGCAACGGCAUGAAACCCUGCGGACGACAUUUGAGGAACAUGACGGCGCAGGAGUACAAGUCGUUCACGGAAGCCUCAUUAACGAGUUGAAGUUAAUCGACUUAUCAGGCGACCAGAAGGGUGACUUCUUCCAGUCGCUACAAGAAGAGCAGACCACUCCAUUCAAUCUAGCAUCCGAGGCAGGUUGGAGGGUAUCGCUAAUACGGCUGGGAGAAGACGAUCACAUCCUCUCUAUCGUCAUGCAUCAUAUCAUCUCCGACGGCUGGUCUAUUGACAUAUUACGCCAGGAACUGGGCGAUUUCUAUUCGGCAGCUCUCCGGGGUCGUGACCCUUUAUCGGUAGUGAGCCCGCUUCCAAUCCACUACCGCGACUUUUCAGUAUGGCAAAAGCGAAAGGAACAGGUAGCCGAACAUCAGCGACAACUCGAGUAUUGGACAAAUCAGCUCACGGACAGCUCUCCGGCCGAAUUCCUAAUCGACUUCCCCCGGCCUACUAUACUUUCCGGUAAAGCAGGCUUCGUUCCAGUCACUAUCGAUGGCGAGCUGUAUACGAAACUCCGAGAAUUCUGCAAAGCACAUCAAAUGACGUCUUUUUCCGUGCUGCUCGCGGUAUUCCGCGCGGCCCAUUAUCGUCUCACCGGGGCUGAGGACGUUAUCAUCGGCACACCCAUCGCCAACCGUAACCGGCAGGAGUUAGAGAAUAUGAUCGGUUUUUUUGUCAAUACUCAGUGUAUGCGAAUUACUGUUGGCGAUGAUGACACGUUUGAAAGUCUGGCGCGACAAGUCCGGUCGACAGCGACAGCUGCAUUUGAGCACCAGGAUGUCCCUUUUGAGCGCAUCGUCUCGGCACUGCUACCGCGCUCGAGGGAUGUGUCCCGGAACCCGCUGGCACAGCUUAUGUUUGCCCUCCAUUCUCAGCAGGACCUCGGCAAGUUCGAGUUGGAAGGCCUCGAAGCAGAACCACUAUUGAACGAGGUAUAUACCAGGUUCGACGUUGAGUUCCACCUCUUUCAAGGGCUGGACAGCCUAAGCGGUAACUUGGUCUUCGCGGCAGACCUAUUCGAGCUCGAGACCAUUCAGAAUGUUGUCACCAUCUUCUACCAGGUCCUACGUCACGGCCUAGAUCAGCCCCUGACCCCGAUCGCGAUUCUUCCGCUUACAGAUGGGCUAGUGGAGCCUGGUAAUGUGAUUGAGAGGACCGAAUACCCCCGGGAGUCGAGCGUAAUUGAUGUCUUCCGCAACCAAGUGGAUAGUGACCCACACGCUAUAGCCGUAAUCGAUUCGGCAUCGCGUCUCACCUACGAAGAGUUGGAUCAUCAAUCUGAUCAACUCGCGACCUGGCUCCGCGAGCAAAAUAUGGCGGCCGAGACACUGGUUGGAGUGCUAGCGCCGCGAUCAUGCCAGACAGUUGUUGCCAUUAUUGGCAUUCUGAAGGCGAACCUUGCAUAUCUACCUCUAGAUGUGAAUUGUCCCACCGCUCGCCUGAAAACUAUCUUAUCUACGUUGACUGGGCACAAGUUAAUCCUGCUCGGUUCUGAUGUGGUUGCUUCGGAAGUUCAGCUACCCGAUAUGGAGUUGGUACGGAUUGGAGACACUCUGGGACCUCCUCUAAACGGCCAUGCCGAACCAAAUGGCAAUGCAGAACUGAACGGUCAUAAAGAUACAGCCAUGUUAGAGCCUCGAGCGACAAGCCUCGCAUAUGUGAUCUUCACAUCCGGAUCAACUGGCAGACCCAAAGGCGUUAUGGUUGAGCACCGUAGCAUCGUCCGACUUGUAAAGGGAAGUCAUGUUAUACCCAAAAUCCCGAUAGCGGCAAAGGUAGCCCAUCUAGCAAAUAUCGCCUUUGACGCCGCCGUUUGGGAGAUCUUUACAGCGCUUCUGAAUGGUGGAACACUGGUCUGUAUCGACUAUAUGACCAUUUUAGACAGCAAAGCGCUCGAAGUUGUGUUUGCGCAGGAACAAAUCAACGCGGCUUUGCUUACGCCUGCACUGUUGAAGCAGUGUCUGGCAAACAUUCCAACUACAUUAGGCGGACUAGAUGUCCUGGUUAUCGGCGGCGAUAGGCUUGAUGCCCAGGAUGCAAUCGCGGCGCAGGCGCUUGUCCCAGCUGGCGUUUAUAACGCAUAUGGCCCGACCGAGAAUGGAGUUAUUAGUACUGUUUACAACGUCGUUGGAAACGACUCGUUUAUUAACGGAGUUCCUAUUGGCCGGGCCAUCAGCAAUUCUGGAGCCUACAUCAUAAAUUCGCAUCGACAACUAGUACCUGCUGGCGUUAUGGGAGAACUUAUCGUCACCGGAGACGGGCUCUCUCGUGGUUAUAUGGACCAAACGCUUAACUUUGACCGCUUCGUCAAGGUUAUAAUUGAUGGCAAGAUUGUGAGGGCAUACCGGACUGGUGAUCGAGCGCGAUAUAGAGUAGCAGACGAUCAAAUCGAGUUCUUUGGGCGUAUAGACCAGCAAGUCAAGAUCCGAGGUCACCGCAUUGAGCUAGCUGAGGUGGAGCGUGCCAUUCUCGACCAGAACUCGGUCCGCGAUGCUGUCGUCGUCAUCCAGGACCAGGGGAAUCAGGAGCCGGAACUGGUCGGUUUUGUCGCUACCCAGGGCGACUACUCCGCCGACCAGGAUGAGGCUGGUAGCCAAGUCGAAGGGUGGAAAAUUUUCUUCGAAAGUAACACGUAUGCCGAUAUUAACACCAUCAACCAAUCUGCUAUUGGGAACGACUUCAAGGGCUGGACGUCCAUGUACGAUGGGAGCGAGAUCAAUAAAGAAGAGAUGCGGGAGUGGCUCGACGAUACCAUACACACACUCCUUGAUGGUCAGUUACCAGGCCAUGUACUCGAGAUAGGGACCGGCAGCGGGAUGGUCUUGUUUAAUCUAGGCGCUGGACUACAAAGUUACGUAGGUCUUGAACCAUCUAGGUCAGCUGCCACAUUUGUUACCAACGCGAUAAAGGCCACCCCAGCUCUUGCGGGAAAGGCUGAGGUACAUGUCGGUACAGCGACAGACAUUGGUCGACUGAGGGGACUCUGUCCAGACGUAGUGGUACUUAAUUCGGUAGUCCAGUAUUUCCCUACGCCUGAGUACCUAACAGAGGUUGUGGAUACUCUAGUUCGGGUCCCGGGAGUUAAACGAUUGUUCUUUGGCGACAUACGAUCACAUGCUACGAAUAGGCAGUUUCUUGCUGCCAGGGCGUUACAUUCAUUGGGCGACAAGUCGACCAAAUCCUCUGUGCGGCAAAAGGUAGCAGAAAUGGAAGAGCGCGAAGAGGAGCUGCUCGUUGACCCGGCUUUCUUUACGGCGCUAGAAGGCCGGCUUGCCGAUCAGAUCGAACACGUCGAGAUCCUUCCGAAGAACAUGCAGGCCACAAAUGAGCUUAGCGCGUACCGAUAUGCGGCUGUCAUACACGUCCGUGGCCCAGACAAGCAGGUACGUCCUGUGUAUUCGAUCAAGACGAAUGACUGGAUCGACUUUCAGGCGUCACAAAUGGACCGCGAUACUCUUCUCCGACUCCUGCAGCACUCGACAGAUACCUUAACCAUUGCCAUCAGCAACAUCCCUUAUAGCAAGACGAUUUUCGAGCGGCGUAUAGUUGAGUCUCUCGAUGACGACAACAAAGAUAAUGCGCAAAGUUCAUUAGACGGUGUAGCCUGGAUCUCACGUGUUCGGUCUGACGCCGAACGCUGCGCAUCUCUCUCCGCAAUUGAUCUUAUACAGCUUGGAGAAGAAGCAGGCUUUCGUGUAGAGGUUAGUUGCGCGCGGCAAUGGUCCCAGAAUGGGGCGCUCGAUGCUGUCUUCCACCGCUAUCAUUCACAUGCUCAAAAAGGGGAUCGUGUUCUAAUCCGGUUCCCGACUGAUAAUCAAGCUCGGGGAUCAGCCAACCUUACGAACCGGCCGCUAAAGCGACUACAGAGUCGUCGGUUUGCAUCAAAGAUCCGUGAGCGGCUACAGUCCUUGCUCCCGUCGUAUAUGAUUCCGUCCCGCAUCAUGAUGAUAGAGCAGAUGCCCCUCAAUGCUAAUGGUAAGGUUGACCGAAAGGAGCUUGCGAGAAGGGUCCAAAUUAUACCGAAAUCUCAGGCAGCGCCCGAACAGGCGGCUCCACUUGAUGAAAUAGAAGCUAUUCUGUGUGAGGAGUUCGCGGAUGUAUUGGGCAUGGAUGUCGGCAUCACCGAUCACUUCUUCAAACUUGGCGGACACUCCCUCCUGGCCACAAAGCUCACUGCACGUAUCGGCCGUCGGCUGAAUACCUACGUGUCUGUGAGAGAUGUUUUCGAUCAGCCUGUUAUUUCCGAUCUCGCAGCCACCAUCCGCCGGGAAUUGCUUUCACACAACCCCAUCCCCACAACCUCAUACAAUGGGCACGAGGAACAGGAGAUGCCCGCAUGGGAAGUUUCAGAUGACGAGAUAGAAGUCGUCUUGUGUAAGGAGUUUGCGGGUGUAUUCGGCAUCGAAGUCCUUAUCACUGACAACUUUUUCGACCUUGGUGGACAUUCCCUUAUGGCUUCGAAACUUGCCGCGCGUAUCAGUCGUCGACUAGAUGCCCCCGUAUCGGUCAAAGAUAUCUUCGAUCACCCGGUUCCCCUUCACCUCGCAAAUAAAAUUCGGCUUACUCAAUCAAAGAGCCAUGAAAUGAUCAACGGCGUACACACGUCUAACAACGUUUCAUUCCAGCUCCUCCCCCUGGAAGAUCCGCAUACAUUUAUCGAACGCGAAAUUGCACCUCAGCUUGAGUGUUCGCCCGACACAAUUCUAGACGUCUAUCCUGCUACGCAAAUGCAGAAGAUCUUCCUCCUCAAUCCUGUAACAGGACACCCACGGUCUCCAACUCCGUUCCACAUAGACUUCCCGCCCGACUCAGACCGUACUACCCUGGUUAGAGCAUGUACAUCUUUAGUCAACUAUUUCGAUAUUUUCAGGACAGUAUUUUUGGUAGCUGCUGGCGAGCUCUACCAGGUUGUCUUAAAGCACGUCGAUGUACCUAUCGAGAUAAUAGAAACCGACGAAAAUGUCAACAGCGCAACCCGUGCAUUCCUCGACAUGGAUUUACGGAAGCCUAUCCGCUUGGGACAACCGUUGAUACGUAUUGCCAUUUUGGAUAAGCCGGCAUCGACAUUGCGAGUAAUACUUCGGAUGUCUCAUGCCUUGUAUGACGGCUUAAGUUUGGAGCAGAUUUUGCGCUCUCUUCAUAUUCUAUACAACGGCGGCAGUCUUCCGACACCACCUAAUUUUGCUCGGUAUAUACAGCAUGUAGCUAACAGUCGUAAAGGCGGUUACGAUUUCUGGCGAUCUGUUCUGGGGAAUUCGUCGAUGACUGAGAUAAAAAGUGUCAGCAACAGUGCUCGCCAACAAGUCGGGGCCAAUCACGUGUCGAAGGUCAUUAAUGUUCCUCUUCAGACCAAUGCAUACAGCAACAUUACGCAAGCAACGGUUUUUACCACCGCAUGCGCUCUAAUGCUGUCAAAGGAAGCUGGGUUAAAUGACGUCGUCUUCGGUCGAAUUGUAUCUGGGCGGCAAGGCUUACCGAUGACUUGCCAAAACGUCGUCGGGCCAUGCCUUAAUCAGGUGCCGGUACGCGUUUGCAUAGAUAGGAACGGAAACCAGAUAGAAUUGCUGCGCGAGAUGCAAGACCAGUAUCUGAGUAGCUUACCUUUCGAGACUUUAGGAUUCGACGAGAUCAAGAAGAACUGCACGAAUUGGCCAGAAGCAACGACAAACUACGGUUGUUGUAUCGUAUACCAGAACUUUGACUCCCACCCAGAUAGUCAAGUGCAAGAACAGCGGCUUCAGAUCGGAGUUCUAUCGCGAAAUUACGAAGCUGUAGACGAAGGAUUGGUUCAUGACCUGGUUAUAGCAGGAGAGGCUGAGCCCGAAGGACCGUAUCUGCGUGUCACCGUCGUUGCAAACCGGCGAGUGUGUGGGGAAGGGAGGAUAAACCAUAUGCUUGAAGAGCUUUGCGAAAAUAUUCGGACUCUGAGUUUGACUUUGAGCAAUCCGCCCGCUGACGAUACAAGCCUGGUAGCUAGUGGUCGCCUGUCGCCUGAUGAUCGGUUAAUCUUGAUCAUCAACGUUGUAGGAGUGGGAGCGAUUGGUGCUUUCAAAGAUGUCAAUAAUCUCUUUAAUGAUUUCACGACUUCACGAGAGUUCGCUUGUGAUUAUGAAAUGCUCGACUCGAGAUAG